UGUUUGUCCCUCAAUCAGCGGCAAUAAGACAACAAGUCCAGCUAAUCAAGAGAAAGCAUCCAUUAUGCAUCCAGCAAGUCAAUUGACAAUAACGCAACACGCUCGUCAUGCCUCACACACACACACAUACACACACACACACACACAUACACCUUGCCAAUCAGACCUCAUUACCGGUAUUGAUCGCGCACACUCACAGACAAACUGCUGAGAGCCACAUUUCACUUAGCGGCUUUGAACAAUGCCGUAAUCAUACGACAAACUGCUGCUAUAUCGGUCAGCGUGCCCAGCGUCAGAAGCAGAGGCGGGGAAGUCACAGGAAAGGGACCAGAUCGAUGUCAUAUAGAGUCCAACGUCAAGCUUCUCUCGGUUCUCAUUCCCCAGCCAGCCGCCGAGGGGACCUGACGGCGUGCCGGGAACUAACUGGCCGGGAGCUAGUUGGCGCACGUUGGGACAGUGGUCGUGGUGGUGAUACGAGGGCCAUGGCGGUCUCAGAGAACACCCUGAAGGUCCUGCCGCGGAACCCCUUCAAAUACGAUAAAGACUUUGUAAAGAAACGCACGGUAGCGGAGAUGACGGACCUUAUGUGCCAGGAAGCGACAGCUCACGGCAUCGGGCACACGUGGAACAACCGACACAACUUCCUGGGUCUUUUCUGGCUGCUUGUGACGCUCGCUCUAUUCUCCUUCCUCUUGUACGUGGCGGCAGUCCUCUGUAUGGAUUUUUGGUCUCGGGAGCCUCAGUCACAGACUACGGUCAAGCUGCUGCAGGGGGGAGGUCUGCAACUACCUUCAGUCGUCAUCUGUAACCGAGCCUUCUUCUCGCGCCGCAAACUUGAAGCGUUCAACAUCAGUAGCCACCUGACGCAGUACUUGAUAGCGGUGAGCGGGUCGUCUUUCAUCAUUAGGGAGGACUUCCUCGCUACACAGAAGGCGGACACCUUCAUGCAGGAGUCUCACGCUGAGCUGCUCCGCGUAAUGACCAAUCAUGGCCUCGACUUCGUGCAACUCAUCGAGACUAUCUCUUACAGGUGUGACGAGGUGCUGCUGAUGUGCGUGGUAGGGACUCAGCGUCAUAACGCCACGGAAUGCUGCAAGAAGUUUGUCCCCACCCCCACACUAAGCGGUCUGUGCCACACCUACUUCAGCUCGGCGACAGACACCCAGAACGCCGAGGGAGAGUACAUGGGGGUGUCCUUUUACGUCAACAUCACGGAGGGGGACUGGCCGGACAUCGACCCGAGCAUCGUGGACGUGUCACAAAUGGUCAAGAUGGGAAUUCAGGUCACCCUCAUGAGUAACCUGACCCACCCCGCCCUCCUGGUGCUAGGAAAGGGCGUGGUGCUGCCGCCAGGGGUCUACACCUCCGCCAGCGUCUCCCUUACUGAGGUGAGAGACACGGGACUCAAGACGGAGAUCGAUCUUUCCGAGACUCAGUGUGUGCCGCUGGACCAAGUGAACUACCUCACUGACCUCGAGGGAUUCUUCUCCGUGGAGCAGAACUGUGACCUUGGGGCAGCCAGGAUGUGUAUCAACCAGUUCUACAACUGCACCAACUACGCCAUGAACACUCGCAUGAGUCACAACCACCUCCCUCCCUGCCAGCUGGUCGACCACCUGCACCUGCACUGGUUGCUGCUGCGAGUGCUCGGACUGGACACACGCAAGGACAACAAGGAACACGUGAGGAGCAGCAACGCUAGUCUUCCGGAGGAACACACCAACUGCAUCAAGAAUGAGAGAGUGAAGUGCCGCCGCCUGUGUGCCAGACAUGACUUCACUUACACCACCAACCACCUGCCGAUCCCCAGCAGCCUGUACCAGCACCUCAGGGACCAGUUCUCCCUCUCAAAUGGGAGCGAGGUGGCCAUCGUGGCGGCCUUCUACCCCGACCUGCGCUACACCGAGGUGAAGAUUUGGAGGAAAAAUGUUGCGAAUUUGUUGAGCUCCUUGGGGGGCUACACUGGGGUCUUCCUGGGCUGUUCAUUCGUCACCUUCAUGGAGCUGCUGGUCUACAUCGGCCUGGUGGUCGCCGUGUGGGUGAAGGACCUGCGGAACUGGCUGCGCGGGGAGGUGCAUCCUGCCGCCAAGGAACGAGCAGGCAGUGCUGAUUGA